AUGGCAUCAAUAACAGAAACUUCUGUUACAAAAGUUAUUGAACAUGAACGUCCUGAUGGUAUUUUUCUUAGUUGCGGUGGACAAGUAGCAUUAAACUGUGGUGUUGAAUUAUAUAAAUCAGGUUUUCUUCAAAAAUAUUCAUGUAAUGUAUUAGGAACACCGAUUAAAUCAAUUCAAAUCACUCAAGAUCGAUCUUUAUUUACACAACAUAUGACUUAUAUUGAAGAAAAAGUUGUACCAUAUGAAGUUGUUAAUUCUCUUCAAGAGGCAUUGAAAUCAGCUGAACGAUUUGGUUAUCCAGUUCUUGUUCGAUAUGAUGUUGUUUCACUUGACGAUCGUAGAUCAAGUUAUGCCAAUAAUCGUGAAGAAUUGAUUUCUUUAGAUAAUUCAGCAUUAAUUGAUUCAUCUCAAUUAUUUAUUGAUAAAUCAGUUAAAGGUUGGAAAAAAAUUCAAUAUGAAGUUGUUCGAGAUCAUUAUGAUAAUUUUAUUGUGAUAUGUAAUAUGGAAAAUAUUGAUCCAUUAGCACUUCGUACUGGUGAAUCAAUUGUUGUUGUACCAAGUCAAACAUUAUCAAAUGAUGAAUAUAGUUUAUUACGAAGUGUAUCAAUUAAAAUUGUUCGUCAUUUGAGUAUUAUCGGUGCAUGUAAUGUACAAUUUGCAUUAAAUCCAUUAUCUAGUGAAUAUUAUAUAAUGCGAGUAAAUACACAAUUAUCUCGUUCAUCUGCAUUGGCAUCAAAAGCAACUGGUUAUCCAUUAGCAUUUAUAACAGCUGAACUUGCAAUUGGAAUGAGGUUAACUAAUUUAAACAAUAGUUUUACAGAUGAAACAUUUGCUUAUUGUGAACCAAGUCUUGAUUAUGUUGUAAUUAAAGCUCCAAAAUUAGAUUUAAGAAAAUUUCUUCGAUAUUCAAAUGAAAUUGAAAGUUCUAUCGAAAGUGUUGAUGAAGUUAUGUCUAUUGGUAGGUCAUUUGAAGAAGCUUUUCAACAAGCUUUAAGAAUGAUUCAUGAAGAUGUAAUUGGUUUUCAUCCAUAUUCAAGAACAAUUACAGAUGAUGAAUUAAAUAUUCCAACCGAUGAACGUAUUUUUCUAUUAGCAACAGCUCUUCGUCAAGGUUAUACAGUUGAACGUUUAUUUGAAUUAACAAAAAUUGAUAGAUGGUUUCUUCAUAAAUUUCAAUCCAUCAUUCAAUUUAUUGUUCAUCAUUUUAAUUCAUCUAUUAUUCAAAACAAAUCACUUUUACUUGAAGCAAAACGUUUAGGUUUCUCUGAUCAACAAAUUAGUAUAUAUUGUGGUAGUACAGAAGUUGAAGUUCGUGCAUCACGUCAACAAUUUGUUAUUAAACCAUUAAUUAAACAAAUUGCUACAGUUUCUGAUGAAUCACCAACACAAAUAAAUUAUUUUUAUUUAACAUAUCAUGGUAAUCAGGAUGAUAUACAGUUAAGUCCAAAUAAAGAAACAUCAAUUCUUGUACUUGGAUCUUUUUUUUAUGAAAUUGGUAAAUAA